CCGCUGCCGGCCCUCUGCGUGCUGUUCUUCCCGGGCCGGUCCCGAGGAUCUCCCGCCUCUGUUUCCCGCCUCAGCACCGCAGCCCGAAGAGACGCUCUCUCCAGAUCAAAAUGGCGGACAUCAUCGAGCUGGGACCCGCCUACGCCAUGUCCCCGGUGCAGGCGGGCUUCCUGGGCGCUGGUGUUCUGGUGGUGGUGGUGGUGGUUCUGGUCCUGCUGUGGUCGUUCUGUCAGCGCCGUUACCUCCGCGUCUCCGGGCGCUACAAGCUGCACGGCGACCGUUACUGCGACGCCGAGGACCCGCCCUACAAGUUCAUCCACAUGCUGAAGGGCAUCAGCAUUUACCCAGAAUCCCUCAGCGGCAGUAAGAGGAUCGUACGGGGCAUCCGCCGCGCCGACCGCUCCGACCGCGACGGCGAGCGCGGCUGCCCCGCCGGCCCCGGCGCCGCCAGGGGCAUGGUGCUGGUGGACGCCGAGAACAACAUCCUGGACGUCCCGGGGCAGCUCCAGAUGAGUCACCUGGUCCCGCCCGCCGGGCCCGGCCCCGCCAACGGCGCCGCCCGGGUGGAGCGCGUGCUGCCGGUCCGCGCCGACUACUGCUGCCUGGACAGCAGCUCGGCCAGCAGCAGCCAGACCAGCAGCAAGACGGCGUCCCCCUUCACGCCCGCCUCCUCGGAGCCGGAGCCGGAGCCCAGCCUGGGCGCCGUCAGCCUCACCGUCGACUACAACUUCCCCAAGAAGGCGCUGGUGGUGACCAUCGUGGGCGCCCGCGGCCUCCCCGCCAUGGACGAGCAGGCGGGCAGCUCCGACCCGUACGUGAAGAUGACCAUCCUGCCGGAGAAGAAGCACCGCGUGAAGACCCGCGUGCUGAGGAAGACCCUGGACCCGCUGUUCGACGAGACCUUCACCUUCUACGGCGUGGCCUACAGCUCGCUGCCCGAGCUCACGCUGCACUUCCUGGUGCUCAGCUUCGACCGCUUCGCACGCGACGACGUCAUCGGGGAGGCGGUGGUGCCGCUGAAGGGCGUGGACCCCAGCACGGGCCGGGUCCACCUGAGCCAGCAGAUCACCAAGAGGAACAUGCAGUGUGAGACUCGUGGCGAGCUGCUGGCGUCUCUGUCCUACCAGCCGGUGUCUCACCGUCUCAGCGUGGUCGUCCUGAAGGCUCGACACCUGCCCAAGAUGGACAUCACCGGCCUGUCAGCCAAUCCGUACGUGAAGGUGAACGUGUUCUACGGACGCAAGCGCAUCGCCAAGAAGAAGACCCACGUGAAGAAGUGCACGCUGAACCCCGUCUUCAACGAGUCCUUCAUCUACGACAUCCCGCCGGAGCUGCUGCCAGAGAUCUCCGUGGAGUUCCUGGUGGUGGACUUCGACCGGACCACCAAGAACGAGGUGCUGGGCCGCCUGCUGCUGGGCCUCCACAGCCCCGCCCCCUCCGGCGCCGCCCACUGGAGGGACGUCUGCCAGAACCCCCGCCGGCAGAUCAGCAAGUGGCACAACCUGAGCCAGUACUGAGGAGGAGA